AUGCCUGUGUACCUAUGGACUGUUCCUAUGUUCCAUUGCAAUGGGUGGUGCCUCACUUGGGGUGUGGCAGCUCAAGGAGGCACCAAUGUUUGUCGCAGGCGUGUCUCUGCAAAGGACAUAUUUGAAAGUAUCUGUCUCCACAAAGUAACACACAUGGGUGGUGCACCAACAAUCUUGAACAUGCUUGUCAAUGCACCUGCCAGUGAAAGGAAGACACUUCCCCACAAGGUUGAGGUGAUGACAGGCGCUGCACCACCACCUCCAGAGAUCUUGUUCAAGAUGGAGGAACUUGGUUUUGGCGUUACACACUCAUAUGGCCUAACAGAAACCUAUGGUCCAGGAACAGUUUGUACAUGGAAGCCUGAGUGGGAUGCCUUGCCUGCUCAUGAACAGGCAAAGAUCAAGUCCCGCCAAGGCCUGCAACAUCAUGGAAUGGAGGAGGUUGAMAUAAAAGAUCCAGUGACCAUGAAGAGUGUACCAGCAGAUGCAAAGGCCAUAGGCGAAGUAAUGUUUAGAGGCAAUGUGGUGAUGAAUGGGUACCUUAAAGAUUUGAAAGCAACACAGGAAGCUUUUAAAGGGGGUUGGUUUCAUACUGGGGAUCUUGGUGUGAAACACCCUGAUGGUUACAUAGAGUUAAAGGACCGUUCAAAGGACAUCAUAAUUUCUGGAGGGGAGAACAUAAGCACGAUUGAGGUUGAAUCUGUGUUGUUUAGUCAUCCUGCAAUUCUUGAGGCUGCUGUUGUAGGCCGACCUGAUGAACAUUGGGGGGAGACACCUUGUGCCUUUGUAAAGUUAAAAGAGGGAUAUAACACAAAUUCUGAAGAGAUCAUAAAGUUCUGUCGUGGCCACUUGCCACAUUAUAUGGUUCCUCGAACCAUUGUUUUCCAGGAUUUGCCAAAGACUUCAACUGGAAAGGUACAGAAGUUUGUUCUCAGGCAGAAAGCAAAGGCUAUGGGCAGCCUCUCUARGAAGAGUACCAGCAAGCUUUAAGACAUCCUUGUCUGGAAGGGAAUGUAAUAUUGUAUUGAAUGCAAAACUUUCUUGUUCACAGAACUAUUGAAGGUAUCUUUGGAAAUGUUCAUUAUUGCUCUA